AGUAUCCACGCACGUACUAGACAGGAUUGAAACGCCAUGAUCGGCUUCGCGCCCAACUCCACCGGCGACCAGCUCAUGCGCCGCUUCUGCGACCCCUACACGUCGGCGAGCGUGGACACGUACGUGCGCAACAUCACGGACUCGUACACUGACACGAGCAAUGAGUCGUCCAUGGUGGCCGCCUCCGUCAUCAUGUUCGCUCUGGCCGGCAUCUUCUUCAACCUCAACCUCUUCAGCCGCUUCUCUGACGUCAGCGCCAUCCUCGACCCCAAGGUCCGGGUCUUCCUCUCCUCUUUGCUCUCCCUCUUCCUCCCGGUCAUGUCCUACCUCUUCUCCGAGGCCAAGAACGCCGGCAAGGUGGCCGCCGCGGGGGUUGGCCCCCGCGAGGAGCCAGACCUUUCGCUGCAGGCCGGCUUGAUCCUCCUCUGGAUGCUCCUGGUGGAGCUCCUCCGCAAGAAGGUGGACGAGAUCCGCAUGCGCGGCUACUCCGGCACCAUCCAGCGUGCCGGCCGCGUCGUCUGGCUCGGCAGCCUCGUCUUCUUCAACCUCAAGAGAGUCGGCCGCAAGGCAGUGUUCGGCAUCUUUUGGGUGCUCUGUGCCACCAAGGUGGUGCAGAGGAUCGCCUUCACCGAGGUCGGCAAGCGAUCCUACGCACAUGGCAAGAACACGCGUCUCAUCACCUCCUACAUGUCACAGAUAUUGCAGCCAGGUCGACCACAGCCACAGGAUCAGCAAGAGCUCCAGCAGCACCGUUCGUCGCCGACUCAUGUCCUCGACGUUGAGGAUGUUGAGCACCGAGUGGCUGCCAGAAAUAACCAAGCUGAUGAUGGCGAGGCCAUGCUGAAGAGGUGCAGGUUCAUCGUGAUGGGUGAAGAAGACCUGGUUAUAGAACCAACUGCUGACGGCUACAAGCUCAAGGAUAUCUCCCCCGACGGCGCCGUCCUCACCGUUGGAAAAUUGUGGGAUCAUGCCUAUUCCAACCUCGAGCAAGAUCUACGGCUGCGACUCAGGAGGCUGUGCCUCUCCUUCGCGCUCUUCAAGCUGCUACGGAGGAGGUUCGAGCACCUGCCGCCGGUGACCGAGGAAGAGACUCGUGAGUGCCGUGACCUACUCUUCGACGGUGUCUACCAUGCGGGGACUGAGAAGGCGGCGGAGGAGCUAUUCCAGAUGAUGAACGACGAGGUGAACUUCCUGUGCGAGUACUACCACUCGGUCAUCCCCGUCGUCCUCGCAAGCCCUUUGUUCUUCCUUGCAAACUACUUCCUGCUCCCCAUGGUGGUGCUCGGCAUAUGUGUCAUGACCGUAGUCCUCUGUGGCUUCGGCGACGCGGGGUUCGCCUUCACCAGCAUCACAACGGACAACUUCGCCAUAAAGUCUGGCGUCGUGAACACCACCAUGUGCCUCCUCGUCAAGUCCUUCCACUCUCCGUCCGCCUUCUUCACGAUGGUGGACUUCGCCAUCACCUUCCUUUUGUUGGCCAUCUUCUUCUACGAGGAGAUAUGGGAGUUCAUCGUCUUCCUCCUCUCAAACUGGUUCAUGGUGUCACUGGUCCACAACUACGUGACAAAGCAGGGGUGGCGUGAGAGCAAGAUGUUCAGAAGCUCUGUUCACCGCAUCAUAUGGCUACGGAAAAAGAUGAGCCAGCCCGUCCUUGGCUUCAAGCAGUUCUCACUGCUGAACCUCCGAUGGCCGCUGGUCCUUGGCCUGCCGUCUAUGUUCUCUCUGGCGCUCGAGACGGCACCCGUGCCAAAAGGAGCCAAGCACGCCAUCAUGGAAUCGCUUGUGAAGCACAUCGGUGAUGGCACCGAUCUCAACAACGGAAGCUCUGUUCUGGUGAACAGACACGACCUCUUGCCGGCGUGCAGGAGCAAGAGCAUCGCGGAGGUCAUCCUCACCUGGCACGUCGCCACCACCAUCAUGGAGGCGGAGUGCACUCCCGACAAGGGCAAGCAGGGCAAGGCCUCCCACUACCACAUGGUGGCGACGAGGCUGUCCAGGUACUGCGCCUACCUGGUGGCAUUCCACCCGGAGCUUCUCCCGGACAACCAGGACAAGACGGAGCGCGUCUUCGAGGCCGCCAAGGCGGAGCUCAAGAACAAGCUCGGCUGCGCCAGCUACUACCUUUCGUGUGGGAAAAUGAGGGUCAAGGCGGUGGAGACGGCGGCGGCGAACAAGUGGGAGGACGGCAAGGUGGUGCACAACGGCGCGAAGCUAGGGGAUAUGCUGAGGGACGAAGCCGUCGCAGGCAGCCAGUCGGAGCAGACAUGGAAGCUGCUUGCGGACAUGUGGACGGAGCUCCUCGUAUACCUGGCACCGUCGAGCGAUGAGGAGCGCGUGAUAGGGCACGAGAGUGUGCUGGUGCAGGGCGGUGAGUUCAUCACCGUCCUUUGGGCAUUGACCACCCACACCGGAAUAAAACGUCCGGAGAAGUAGCAUGGAUGUGCUUGCUGCGUGUGCUUUUUGGCCAAUGUGGCUUCAUAUUGGUUGGUUGCUUGCAUUUUUCUGUUUUGCUUAAUUUUUUUAUUUCGAAGUUGAUUGAGAACAUUUUAUUUGUCACUUUACCUGUAUGUAAGUUGACUGAAGUUGAAUUUGGGUCAGUCGAUUUUUUCUGGCCGUUGAUUGU